AUGCAUAAGCAGUUGCCUGAGGGAUUGAUUCUGAAAUCGGCUGGUUCAGUAGGCCAGGUGAACCUAAAUACGCCAUUGCAGCAGUGGGUAAAGAAGAAGCCAAUCCCAGAUACUUUGGGAACCAAGUCUAGUGGAACUGCAACAGGGAACUCGAGUGGUGUCUCAGCUGCAGAACCAGACUCUUCUGACGUUGAAUCUUCAGGUUCAGAUUCAGAGGAGGUAGAAGAAGAUAAUGAUCCGGAAUUAGAUUAUGAGUUCGCAACGGUGUUGUCUCAGAGGCAGCGCAAGAGAUGGCUUUUUGAUGACAACUAUGAAUUUUCGACGUUAGGCAAGAUUUGGAUCGUUUGGCACCCGAGUGUGAAAGUUCAGAUUAUCACCAAGUCUCUGCAAAUGAUUUCGUGUGAAGUGACACUUCCAGGUUCAGAUUCCUCGAUGAUCUUUUCUUUCAUUUAUGCAGCAAAUCUGGAGGUUCUGAGAAAUGAGCUAUGGGAAGAGUUGAUAUCUCUCUCGACAGACACAAGAGUUGUUGGUAAGGCUUGGGCCGUCUUAGGUGAUUUCAACCAAGUGCUCCACCCAAACGAGCACUCCUCUUUGGAUGGGUUUACUGUGGACAGAGCAACAAGAGACUUCAGACAGGCUCUCUUGAACUCAGAAUUGGCGGAUCUAAAUUUCAGAGGAUCGACUUACACUUGGUGGAAUAAAAGAAGUGUCAAUCCAGUGGCUAAGAAACUGGAUAGAGUCCUAGUCAAUGACCUCUGGCUCGAGAUUUUUCCAACGGCGAUGGCUUUCUUUGGAGCUCCAGAUUUCUCCGACCAUUCAUCCACUAGCAUUGCUCUCUCUCCUUCAACUCAACGGCAGAAGAAGGCUUUCAAGUUCUACAACUACCUCCUUGAAAAUCCUGAUUUUAUUGCGGUGAUAUGCAGCGAAUGGUUCUCCCUGAACUUUGUUGGCUCCGACAUGUUUAGGGUAGCAAUGCUGAACUCCCCCUCUCUCUCAAAUGGUCAAUUGGAGCUUUUAGCUCAGAAAAAUUGGGAAGUCUUGGCGGAGGCUGAAGAACGUUUCUUUAGACAGAGAUCCAGAGUCACUUGGCUCAAAGAUGGUGACAUGAAUACAGCUUAUUUUCACCGUAUUAUGAGAUCGAGGAAUUCAAUGAAUGCUAUUCACUUUCUGGAGGAUGAGGUGGGGAAUCGUUUUGAGUUACCACAAGACAUUCAUGCGCAUUGUGUACACUACUUUGAGGGUCUACUGAGUGGUGAUCAGAGCCAGUCUUCGUUUGUUCAGGAUGAUAUUACCUCUCUUCUAGAUUUCAGCUGCUCAACGUCUCAACGUUCACAGCUAGACUCUUGCUUCUCAACCGAAGAAAUCAAGGAGGCUUUCUUAUCACUACCGAAAAAUAAGACAUGUGGUCCAGACGGCUUUACUCCUGAAUUCUUCAACUCUUGCUGGACAGUAGUAGGUGGCGAGGUGACGGCGGCUAUAAAGGAAUUUUUCUCCUCAGGAAAGCUUCUAAAGCAAUGGAACGCUACAAAUCUAGUGCUUAUACCCAAAAUCACAAACGCUUCCAGGACAACUGAUUUCAGGCCAAUCUCAUGUCUCAACACGAUGUAUAAGGUUAUCUCAAAGCUUCUAGCCAAGAAAUUAAAGUCUGUUCUGCCAUCAGUCAUCUCUCACUCUCAAUCAGCGUUUCUGUCUGGUCGUAUGCUCUCGGAAAAUGUGUUGUUGGCCACUGAAAUUGUGCAGGGUUAUAACAGCGCAAACGUCUCUCCUAGAGGCAUGUUGAAAGUGGAUCUGCGUAAAGCUUUUGACUCGGUGAGAUGGGAUUUCGUGCUCGCGGUUUUAAAAGGCCUAAAUAUGCCAGACAAGUUCAUAGGGUGGAUCUCAGAAUGUCUCACAACACCAUGCUUCUCUGUGUCUGUGAAUGGAGUUGAGGGUGGGUUCUUCAAGAGUUCCAGGGGUCUCAAGCAGGGCGACCCAAUUUCGACAUACCUCUUUGUUUUGGUCAUGGAGGUUUUCUCGAAACUUCUUCAUUCCAGGUUUGCUUCGGGCUAUAUCUCAUAUCAUCCUAGAACUCAUGAGUUAAAUAUUUCUCAUUUGAUGUUUGCCGAUGACGUUAUGAUCUUCUUUGACGGAAUGAGCUCCUCUUUACAUGGAAUUUAUGAGACUCUGGAUGAUUUUGCGGGUUGGUCUGGCUUGCAUAUGAAUAGGGAGAAGACAGAGUUGUUCACAGCAGGGACGAGCCACAUUGAAUCCACAGCCAUUGCUAACUAUGGAUUCCCAGUUGGCUCUUUUCCUAUAAGAUACUUGGGUCUGCCUCUUACUUGCAGGAAACUGAGAAUUUCCGAGUAUGCUCCUAUAGUCGAAAAGAUCUCAAAGCAGUUUACUACCUGGUCAGUAAGGACUUUAUCUUUUGCUGGUAGGCUUCAAUUGAUCUCGUCGGUAAUAAUGGGCUCUGUGAAUUUCUGGUGUUCAACCUUCAUCUUACCUAAAGGUUGUAUCAAGCAAAUUGAAUCUCUCUGCUCGAGAUUCCUUUGGUCAGGAAGCAUUCAACUAUCUAGAAAGGCAAAGGUGGCAUGGCACACAGUUUGUUUACCAAAGUCAGAGGGAGGCUUGGGUUUGAGGCGCUUGUCUGAAUGGAAUCAGACCCUAAAUCUGCGUCUCAUUAGGCUUUUAUUUUCAACAAGCGGCUCUCUGUGGGUAGCUUGGCACAGGUAUCACAAUACAUCUUUAGCCAACUUCUGGACUCAAAAUGAGAAUGCUGGCCAGUCAUGGACUUGGCGUGCACUGCUAAAACUCAGACCACUUGCAGAGAAGUUUUUACGCUGCACCAUUGGAAAUGGUAAAACAGCAAGCUUCUGGGGUGACAUUUGGACACCGUUUGGUCCUCUGCUCAAUUAUUUGGGGAUAAAUGGUCCAAGAGACUUAAGAAUUAAUAUUUUGGCAAAGGUGAGUGAUGUGUGCGACGGCGUCUCGUGGUCUGUCGCCAACCCGAGAUCGGAUCGAUCUAUGGCCCUUUGUGCUUAUCUCACUACAAUUUAUCUCCCUCUAAGUCAGGCUGUGGAAGACCAUUAUGACUGGGUUAUUGACGGAAAAAGUUUUGAGGGUUUCCCGACUGCAACAACAUGGGACACUCUAAGGCCUAGAGCAACAGAGAAAAGUUGGGCGUCGCAAGUUUGGUUUAAAGGGGCUACUCCCAGAAACGCCUUCACAAUGUGGAUUGCUACUUUGAAUAGGCUUCCGGUUAGAACAAGGCUAGUGUCAUGGGGGAUGCAGAUCUCUCCAAUGUGUGUUCUAUGCUCUUCUCAUCCAGAAUCGAGGGAUCACUUGCUGCUAACUUGUGAUUUCAGCUCAAUGAUUUGGGAAGAAGUGUUUCGUAGACUAAGCCCAAAUCGCUCCCUCUUUCUUCAUUGGACGGAGCUCUUAUCUUGGACAGGGGAUAGCUCUGUUCCCUCUCCACCAAUCCUUCGGAAACUUGUGGCCCACGCUGCCAUCAACCUUAUUUGGAAGCAACGAAAUAAUCUUCUCCAUAAUGCCAUCUCGAUCUCACCUUCUGCCAUCUUCAAGGAAUUGGAUAGGCACAUCAUUAAUACAAUAAAUGCCAGAAGACGUCAAAGGAAUUUCGAGAGUUUAAUGAGCCAUUGGCUCAGAUAA